CAAAAAUUUGAGGGUUGUUGGAAAAAGACUGAGAAAUGGGAAGUGAGAAAGGAGAAAACUCGUGCGCGUCGCCAUGGCUGAAAAUCUCGGAGGAAGUUGACCCUGCAAGUGCCUCCGAGACCUUGUGCUUCGUUGAUCGCAUGGGAGCUUCCAUCGCCGUUCCCCCUAAGUGGAACGCGCGUGGCACCUACGACUCCUUGUUUCGGAACUUCAUCAAAGUCCUUCAUAUCCAACCGGGACGAAUUUCGAUCUCAUUUCACGUCAAACCACCCAUCUGUAAUGGCUAUGGAACUCUGCAUGGAGGUUCUGUUGGUACUUUGAGUGAGAUUCUGUCAACUGCUUGUGCUAGAACGGUAGUUGCUGAGGACAAGGAACUUUUUCUUGGGGAAAUUAGCAUUUCUUACAUGUCUGCCACUCCGGUAAAUGAAGAAGUGUUAGCAAAUGCCUCCGUAGUGAAGUCCGGCAGAAAUUUGACUGUAGUCGCAGCUGAGUUUAAAUUGAAGAAAUCUGGGAAUUUGGCCUAUAGCACUCGUGCUACCUUCUAUAACAUGCCUCUUUCCAGUUUAUGAAUAAUUUGGAUUGAGUUUAAACUGAAGAAAAGUAUACUAUAUUAUUUUACAUUGAUAACCAACUAUUAUUUCAGAAUAAUUUGCUUUUAGAUGGUUAAAAAGUAGGGGAAAUAUUACCAUGGCCUUAAAAUCAAUUUUUAUUUUUUUUUAUCAAAGUUCUUGUACAUCUAAUAGGAUUGCUUCUCCAAAUUUAUAUGCAACAUAUUUGAAUUCA